UAAACGCUUCAAAACUCACCUCCACAAUAUUACAUUUAAUGGUAAUCUGUUCAACAUAAAUAUCGAAAUAAGUUUAUUAGCACCUAUUACUAAAUAUUGCACUAAUUUAGGAUAAUUAUUUUUGUUUUGAUGAUCUUACACCUCAACGACAACGUUUAAUGGAACUUCAGUCAGCGCAUUGUGAGCGUUGUUUAUUGUUGAAAAUUAUGAUUAUUAGGCCCGUUCAUUGUCUUAAAGGGACCAAGUCAGACCAGUUGGGUCGGCCAUUAAGGAUCUUUCUACCAUAGAUUAUCAGCCAUUGAAAUUAAAAUGGUUGUAAAUACUUAAAAGAGUGAGGAUCAGGCUUUUAGUUUCACAGCAUUUUAUCGACUGGACGAUGCGCGGCUGCCGGUGGAUUAUGCCUGGAAGACAAGACUAUGGGAAAAGGCGAUGAAGUUGCGACACCCGGAAACUGGGAAGCGGAACUGAACUGUCAAACAAAAGUGAAGUUGGUGGACGUGAGGCGUGGACGUGAAACAAAUCUGGACUGAGGGUUUGUUUUAGAUUUGCUUUUGGUUUAUUAUGGCACUUGGAAAAUGUUCUUUGCCUUUCGUCAUGUCGUAGAUUUGAGGUAAAGGGCACUAGUUUGUAGUACUAGUAGAUGAAGAAGUCGAUGACACAGUAUAAACUCAGUCCAUGUUUAUAAAAUGAUCACUUAGUUUAUUAUAGUUUGCGCAUAACCACCACUGAUUUAACGCAAUCACAGUGAAAAUAUUGGAUUCGUGCCCGGUCCAUCUCCUUUUGUGCAGUGAAAUGAGCUGACCGCUACCAGCAAGCGCUGACAAUGGCCACCAUAUCCUGGUACCAAGAGAAGAUUGGUGCUUAUGACCAGCAAGUGUGGGAGAAGUCCCUGGAACAGGCGGAUCUCAAUGGUUUGGACAGCAAGCCACGAAAGACUGGUCACAUCAAGCCGGACCUUAUUGACGUGGACUUAGUCCGAGGCUCCACAUUCAGCAAAGCCAAACCACAGAGUCCAUGGACGUCACUGACCCGCAAAGGUUUGGUCCGAGUGCUGCUGUUCCCAUUCUUCUUCCAGUGGUGGAUCCAGGUCACCUCCAAAUCUGUCUCUUCAUGUAUCCUCGUGCUGUACUUCAUGCAAGUGGCUGCUAUCAUGCUGUACCUGGAGGUCCCGGGGGCUACUUCCAGCGAGGUGUUUGGGCCUAUGUGUUUGAUGCUCCUGCUCGGCACCGUGCACUGCCAGAUUGUGUCGACUGAGUCCAGCCGGUGGCCCUCAGGCAGUCCAGCUGCCAGCAGCCCUGCGCGGAGAAGGAGGCCGCGAAAAGGCAGAGGGCAGAAAAAAGCAGAGGACAAAAGCGACAGCAGAGAGACAGAGCAGCAGGGGUCGUGGCUGUUUGAAGAAAAUGAACUGUUGUACAGAAACGAGGAGAGAAGGGCCAAAAGAAAGUCUGGCUUUGGUGCGUCAGACGAGCUCUCAAGUGAGGAGGAGGUACGACGACCCCCAGUGGAAGUAAUUUCCCCCCAGGAAAACCGCGACUCCCUGCCACUGCGACCCGCCUCAGUCCCUCUGCUUUCUCCCAGGAAGAGAAUGAUGAAGACGUACUCCCACACCACGGAGCCGUAUGACCAUCCAGCCAAAGCGAAACCCCGUGAAGUGGAGCGCCUCAUGCCAAGCAUCGCCUCGCGUGCGGCGUCUGACACUGACGACACCAUGUGGGAGGAGCUCUUGCAAUGCCCCGACUCUGUUUCCAGCGUGAGCAGCGACAGUGACGGCAAGGGAAGGUUCAACACCAGCAUGCCCUUCCCACAUGCUCGCACAAUGAGCAGUGAUGACGAGAGUCUGCAGCAAGGGAUCGCAGGAUACCAGCUGUCUUGGCUUCAUGCAUGCCAUCCAUCCGAGGACAGAGUUAGUGCUAUAAUAUGGGAGCAGGGCGAGUGCAAGAAGGCUGAGAUGUCUGUGCUGGAGAUAAGUGGGAUCAUCCUCAACAGGGUGAAACUGGCCGAACAAGGGAUGGGCUACCUGGUGUUUGGUGGUGUGGUGACCACAGUCCUGGCUCUGCUUCCCUUCGCCUUUCGCCUUGCCCAGCACCUGGACAUGUCCUGCCUCAGCUCUCUGUCACUCGCAGAGCUCCUGGAGUCAGCAGUGAGACCAGCCAACGCCCGGGCCAACUUGUUUUUUCUCAUCACUACAAUUCAAAGAGUCUGUCUCACUGGGCUGUUCUUCUUCAUGAUGUGUGUGGCUGAGAGGACCUACAAACAGAGACUCUUGUUUGCAAAAUACUUCAGCCACAUCACGUCAGCUCGCAAGGCCAAGAAAUCUGAGAUCCCUCAUUUUCGGCUGAAGAAAGUGCAGAACAUAAAGAUGUGGCUGUCUUUGCGCUCCUUCCUCAGGAGAAGAGGGCCCCAGCGCUCCGUUGACGUCAUUGUCUCCACCAUCUUCCUCCUAGCCCUGUCUAUUUCAUUCAUCAUCUGUGCACAGCUUUUGCACAGUCACAAAACAUUCCUGGACUCCCUGACAAAUUGGGAGCUGGUACUGUGGGGCUCCUCUCUCAUCCUGUUCCUGUUACGACUUGCCACGCUGGGCUCUGAGACCAACUGCAAAUACAGCAACUCCUCAGUGCUGCUCACUGAACAGAUCAACUUGUAUCUCAAGAUGGAGAAAAAGCCAAACAAGAAAGAGGAACUCAGCAUUGUCAACAAUGUUUUGAAACUUGCAACAAAACUGAUGAAGGAACUCGAUACUCCAUUCCGGCUUCUGGGCUUGACCGUUAACCCUCUGAUCUACAACAUCACCAGAGUGGUCAUCCUGUCUGCUGUGUCUGCAGUGGUCAGUGACCUGCUGGGUUUCAACAUCAGACUCUGGAAAAUCAAGUCUUAAUGUGAUCACAAGAGAACACUACAACGCUGGUAACACUGGAGAGUCUUCACCAUAAGUGCAAAUCUACUGACAGCAUGUUCAUCACCUGUGCUUUUCCAAGUCAAACCUGUCUGUGUGCCUUCAUCGCCGGUUCCCUGGGGAGCCUGAGAUGCUCCGACUGCUGCUCAUGUCUGUGCCCAGCUCACAGUUUCCACUCACCCUGCCACUAACCCGCGUGACCUGUGAAUGUUCCUCAGCAUGUGAUUCAAAAUAGGAACCAGUUGAAGCUGCAGCCGCUUUGAGAACAACUAACGUGUGAAACUGAUGUAGUGUUUAGCUCAUUUGACGAUGCAUUUACAACUGGAUUUAGUACAUAGGACUGAAGCUGAAUUUGGGAUCUUUUUUAUGAAAAGGAAACACUGUUUGCUAGAGGCUUUAUUUAUUUUCGGGUGGUGUUAUUAACUUCUACCACUGUUAUCUAAAUGGGGGACCAUUGUUUCAUAAUGUAUAUUGCUAGCUGAGAUGUUUGGUAGCAAAUAAAGUGUUUUUGUUUUGUUUGU